AGCUUACGGAAUAGGGGAAACCACUGGAUUUUGCACUGAAAAUGGAACCCUCCCCAUCUGGAAUUGCUCAGCAGUUUCCAAUAGUCCUCCUCCCAACACGCCUCUUCUCCACCCACUGAAAUAGAGAGAUAUAUGUUCCUCCGGAAAACUCCUGCCUUUGGUCUGGACGAUCCUCGCUUGUCAGAAUUCUUUGGAGGGAAGAGAGCAGGAAUAAACCACGUCCACCACCAUGGCAAAAUGUGGAGACUGUGGCCCCGGAUACAAAACCCCACUGGAUGCAAUGAAAGGGCCCCGGGAAGAGAUUGUCUACCUGCCUUGCAUCUACCGAAACACCGGGAUAAAAAAACCAGAUUAUUUGGCCACUGUGGACGUGGAUCCCAAAUCCUCAACUUACUGCCAAGUCAUCCACCGCUUGCCGAUGCCCAACGUUAGCGACGAGCUCCACCACUCCGGCUGGAACGCCUGCAGCAGCUGCUUCGGAGACACGACGAAGCAGCGCAACCAUCUCAUUCUUCCCAGCCUGAUCUCGUCCCGGGUCUAUGUGAUUGAUACAGGCACCAGCCUGCGAGCCCCCAGGAUCCAUAAGGUUAUCGAGCCCAUCGAUAUGUACUGGAAGUGCAACUUGGCCAAUCCUCACACCACGCAUUGCCUGGGCUCCGGUGAAAUCAUGAUCAGCACGAUGGCUGACCCUUCCGGCAAUGGAAAAGGGGGUUUUGUGCUGCUGGAUGGAAAGACCUUUGAGGUGAAGGGCAACUGGGAAAAGGGUUCCAAGGUCCCACCGUUCGGCUAUGAUUUCUGGUACCAACCGAGGCACAAUGUCUUGAUGAGCACUGAAUGGGGAGCGCCCAAGUGCUUCGUGAAUGGGUUUAACCCAGCAGAUUUGGAAAAAGGCUGCUAUGGUGGAAACAUCAACGUGUGGGACUGGACCACUCACGAAUUCAUCCAGACAAUCGACGUGGGGAAGAACUCCAUUCCGCUGGAAAUCCGAUUUCUUCACAACCCGGAUGCCGCCGAGGGGUACAUCGGCUGUGCCCUGAGCAGCGCUGUCCACCGUUUCUACAAGACCAAGGAAGGAACUUGGGCAGCAGAGAAGGUGAUCCAAAUUCCCAAUAAGAAGGUCGAAGGAUGGCUUCUGCCAGAAAUGCCAGGCCUCAUCACCGAUAUCCUGAUCUCCCUCGAUGACCGCUUCCUGUAUUUCAGUAACUGGCUCCAUGGAGACAUCCGCCAGUAUGACAUUUCCAACCGUCGGAAGCCCAAGCUGGUGGGACAGGUGUUCCUGGGAGGCAGCGUUGUCAAAGGGGGUCCCGUCAGAGUGACUGAAGACGCAGAACUGGACUGCCAGCCGGAUCCAUUCAUCAUCAAGGGCAAGAGAGUUCAAGGUGCACCACAGAUGAUCCAGCUGAGCCUGGAUGGAAAAAGGCUGUACGUCAGCACCUCCCUCUACAGCGGAUGGGAUAAGCAGUUCUACCCAGACAUGGUCAAGGAAGGCUCCGUCAUGUUACAAGUCGACGUGGACACCCAGAAAGGCGGCUUAAAAGUAAAUGAAAAGUUCUUAGUGGAUUUUGGGAAAGAGCCGGAGGGUCCCGCUCUCGCCCACGAGAUCCGUUAUCCGGGUGGCGACACCACCUCCGAUAUCUGGCUCUAACAAUCUCCCCGGCUUCGAGGGCACCGGAGUACACCAAACGUGGACUUUUCCUCUAACUCCAGCCAUUUAAAUUGAUGCAAGAGAAGCCUUUAACCACCCUGAGCUUUCUGUUCUUUCCGCUGCUUGGCACUUGAUCUCGCACUCCUAAUGAAGGCUUAAAAAUUAACCUAUCAUACCGA